UGAGAGAGAGAGAGAGAGAGCGCACACUAUGUUCAAUACUCUGAGCAUCUAGACAUUGUGCCGGGUGGUAGAAGAGACAAUUAAACCCACAAUUCAGAAAAAGAACUAACAAACGGAUUAAACACAGAAGGUUUGUGCUCCUUUCAGUCUUAACGCGGAGUGCGGAUUGUGCGUUUAAGUCUGAAAGUUCUCCGGAAUGCAAGCGCUCGUGGAGGAUGAGCUAAGUGGAGCGGUGCACGGCAGGAUUCUUCGAGGUUGGAGCGCAGCUGCUUCCUACAGCCACUGACGGGAGGACCUUGCGCUAGAGGAGGAAAGCUGCCUCCGUUUCUGUCUCUCUCUCUCUCUCUUUUCUUUCUCAGUCUUGCAGAGAUAGGCAGCAUCCUUUAGACUCAACGCUGAAAACAGAAGACGUUCUAUAAAAAAAGAAAGAACGGAGAAGAAAAGGAUGGGAUUAUAAAAGCAGGGAGUAAUAAAAGGAAAUCUGAAGCAAGGACAAAAAAAGUGUUCAUCAGAAAGGCUCUCGUUUGUUGCUUUGCGAGGGCUAAACUGAAGAGAUUUGGGUCGUGCAUUGCUUUGCUUCAGCCAGUCUGUGGAGUAUAGGAUCACAAAUAGCAUUUCAAGGCCACAGACGUUGCUUCUUCUCCUGCCUCUAGGCUGACCAUGCCAAACGAUUCUGUUUCAGUAUGAUACUGCUGUGAUUUCUGCUGCUGAAGCGGUUUUCUGCAAGCGGGGAAAAAAAAAGCAUCCCAUUCAUUGGCAUCUGUAUUCAGAAGGUCUGGCAGAUUUAAAGGACAAACCCUAACGAGAAGGCUCUUUAAUAGAACAAAAGCAUGGCCAAAGGGAAGAUCUCUUCUCCAUGUGAGCCAUGACAGUAUGGUGGACUGUUUAAAUCGAAUCAUGCUGCACACAGCCGUGUCUUGCUGGCAGCCUUUGCUGGGGCUAGCCCUGGUGGCCGUGUUUGUGGGCUCCACCCUGGCCUGCCCCUCCCGCUGCGAGUGCUCCGCCCAGAGCCGCUCUGUCAUCUGUCACCGGAAGCGCUAUAACGCCAUCCCUGAUGGAGUCCCAAUCGAGACGCGAAUCCUUGAUCUCAGCAAGAAUCGCAUUCAGGCUGUCAAUCCCGAUGACUUUGCCGCCUAUCCACACAUAGAAGAACUGGACCUGAGUGGAAACAUCAUUGCCUAUGUUGAGCCCGGAGCCUUUAACUCCCUCUACAGCCUCCACUCACUGAGCUUAAAGAGCAACCGCAUCAAACUCCUCUCUCUAGGUGUGUUCUCUGGCCUCUCCAACCUGACAAACCUGGAUAUCAGUGACAACAAAGUAGUAAUUCUGGUGGACUAUAUGUUCCAGGACCUGCGCAACCUCAGGUCAUUGGAAGUUGGAGACAACGAGCUGGUUUACAUCUCCCAUCGGGCCUUGAGUGGACUGUUGUCACUGGAGAGUCUUACUCUGGAGCGCUGUAACUUGACGGUGGUGCCCACAGAUGCCCUGUCCCACCUACACAACCUGGUGAGCCUACAUAUGCGCUACCUCAGUAUCAGCACUCUCCACCCCUACUCCUUCAAGAAGCUAUUUCACCUCAGACACCUAGAGAUCAGCAACUGGCCGUCGCUGGAUUUGUUCCCCGCUAAUUCUCUGCAUGGCCUAAACCUCACCACGCUUUCCGUUACCAACACCAACUUGUCCGUUUUCCCCUACCAGGCUCUUCGCCACUUGUCAUACCUCACGCACCUCAACCUCUCCUACAGUCGUAUCCGAACAGUGGAAGGUGGUCUGCUUCAGGACCUGGUCCAGUUGCGCGAGCUGAGAUUGUCUGGAUCUCAAUUGGUGUCCAUUGAACCCUAUGCUUUCCAGGGUAUACGCUGGCUGCGCUUGCUAAAUGUCUCCCACAACCAUCUUGAUACCUUGGAGAGGGGUGUAUUUCAUGCUCCUGAGGCUCUACAGGUGCUGUUGAUCAACAACAACCCUCUGGUGUGCGACUGUCGUCUCAUGUGGUUGCAGCAAAGGCGUCAUUCCAUUUCUUUCGGAGACAUCCAGCCUGAGUGCAGCACUCCGGAGGGCACCCAUGGACGCCCCUUCAAGGAGUUCAAAGAGACCCUGCUGUCCUACUACGUGACCUGCACCAAGCCGAAGAUCCGUGAAAAUCGGACUCAGAUGGUGUCAGUGGAGGAGGGACAGUCGGCCCGUUUACAUUGCAACGCAGAGGGGUCCCCGCUGCCCACUAUUUUCUGGGUCACCCCACGCCGGAGACACCUGACCAACAGGAGCCACGGCAGGGUGGUGGUCCACAACAAUGGCUCGCUGGAUAUCAAGGCGGCUGAGGUUCAGGAUGAUGGUGUGUAUAUGUGCGUGGCCUCUAACACAGCAGGCAAUGACACUCUUAUGGUUUCACUGGCAGUGAAAAGCCUGGGCUCGCUGUAUGCCAACAGGACCCAGCAUUACACGGAUACAAGCAAUGCCACUGCCAAUGGUACAAACCUCCCUAAUGUGACCUUUGGCCUUGAUCUAAAGACUAUCUUAGUUUCUACAGCCAUGGGCUGUUUCACAUUCCUAGGAGUGGUCCUCUUCUGCUUCCUGCUCCUGUUUGUAUGGAGUCGAGGAAAAGGCAAACAUAAAAACAACAUUGAUAUUGAGUACGUGCCACGCUCAAAGUCCAAUGGGACCUCCGCUGAGGAGGCGGACCAGGGUGCUGGGCCACGGCGCUUUAACAUGAAAAUGAUUUAAAACUUUUAAAGAAAUACCAGUCGGAAUUUACACAGAUCGUGAUUUGACAAAUGGCACCUGGAACAUGAAUUGAUCAGAUCGAUGCCAGGCAACUCAACUGUCCCUGAGAUUCAACUUCACUGGAUACGCAAAGGGAAUAAUAUGUGUCAAUAACAAACUAUUUUCAAUUUAUAUGAAACCCUCUUGGUAAGAGGGGAUGUUCACCAACACUCCAACACAAAUUGUGUACAGAACCAAUUUGUAAAAUUCAAGUAUUACUCUUAUUUGCUGAGACUCGCACAUGCUUUCUCACUGCGAACAACAGAUGAUCGGGAAUCUGUUCUCUCCCUCAUUAUCCUGCAUAUAUGUACGUAAUGCUCAGUUAUGUAUGUGUAUGUUGACAUGUAUAAACACUUUCUUUUAUUGCAUUGUUCACAAAAUGCAAUUAUCGCCAAAAUUCACAUUUUCCAUGAUUCAAAGGAACUGCUGUAUGACCAAGCCAUCGUCUCGCUAUACUCAAACUGUUUGAGGAUGGAGGACAAAGGGCUUUUGCAGGUGUGAAAUGUUACUCAGAGGAACGUGUAUGCCGUUUGUCUACCCCAAGUUAUUCUCCUGAUAUGAAGAAUAUUAUAUUUGUUUAUAAUCUGGAAAAAAAAGAAGAGAGAUUAUUUAUUAACAAAAGCCUUUAUGUUAAAACUCAAUAAUACAAGGUAAAGAUUUUCAAAUGGUUGAAAUUCAUGAUUUUUUUUUUUUCUUUGAUUUUGAUGUAAGUAUACACAUGAAUUAACACAUGCAAUUUUUAGUUGUGCUCUUGUUCAUUUCCAUGACCCUAACCCCUUAUCUGGUACAAAAUACAAAAUGUCUCCAUUUCAAGUCAAGCUUCCAUUAUUAUUAUUUUUUUCCUUUCCUUUUCUUCCCUAGUAAGAAAUUCAACUUUGUUGUGGUAGUUUCUCAUUUUGUUGUUGAAUCAUUUAGAUUGUAAAGAGUUCAAAGUAAAAGAAAAAAAUACAUGUAUGUGAAAUAAAGAAUACUGAUUUGUAUUCUGA